CUGAUCCAAACAAAAUACUUUUAAUCCGCUGCUUUGCCAGUUCGACCCCAAAAGUCGUUUGCCACACACCGUGAGCUGAGCAGGAAAGCUCGAAUCAACGAACAGGUUAACGUUGUUCAAGGACUGAGAGAUGGCGUUUAUAAUGGAGUUUGCUGAGAAUUUGGUAUUGAGGCUAAUGGAGGACCCUAAGGAGAGGGAUAGGAAGUUCAGGGAGCACGUGUAUGCGGUGAAGGACCGGUGCCAAAAGACCAAGGACAUGUGGGCGCUACCCCUCCGUCCCUACGGAUUUUGGACCUUUGAGCGCCACAAUUCACAGCUCCGUUGGGAUGCUCAGAUUAGCCAGGUUGAAGGCCGGAGGGAUCCCUAUGAUGAUCUCCUCGAACACAGCAAUGAUCUCGUCACCCCCAAAACUAAAUGAGUGCAUAAGGUCAAGCCAUCUGCAUAAUUCAAGUUGAGGCUUCUGUUGCAGUUGGGAAUUUGGUGGUCGUAAAACGUUGUUCGGUUUUAAUGUUUAUUCAAGAUUGGUCUCUGUUUGAAUAAGAGUCCCAUGUAUCUUCGGUGUUGCGGAACAAAACAUUUAAUGUGUUAGUUCUACAAGUUUUCUAUUAUCGUACAAUCUUUGGUUUCCAUUUGCUUUAGUUUGGGAUUAUGCAGACAACACGAAAUAAAAGUUCGAAUUAGUUUUUUUGUU